AGGCUUUUUUGCGGUUGGGAUUUUAGCUGGAUUUACGACUAGAGAUAAUUUUCCCCGUUAAAUGAUACAUGAUAUGGCAGCGAAUAUUUUUUUCCGUCUAUUUCCCUUCAUCUUCAGCUUCACAACACAACAUGGGGCAACCACAAGCUUUGUGACUGCGUAAUUUCAUGACCUCCUUUGAUUCACGGGGGAAAUGGUAAUAAAGCGGCGGGUGACGUUGGCAUAAGAAGAAGGCUACGGCAAUCGACGGACUGGCGCUGCGAAGCGAAACAAGAACAACAACUCAAAGUUGUUGAUAAUCCACCCUAGGCGGGGUCCUCUUACUAGAUGUCUUGCAAGACACACCCAACACCAACAUCGUGAAAUUGUAUUGUGAAUCUAGGAAAGCGUAGAACGAUAUUGUGAACGAAGUAGCAUACAUCAUGUCUACACGACUAGCAAAGUAAGAGUGCGCAAAGUCGGUCGGUGAGUUUUUUGCUUUGCUUUUGAACGGGGAUAAUAAGAAGAACGACAACUUUUGCGACCGUUUAAUAUAUCUUCAUUUACAAGCGCUUUUUUCAACGAAUUGGAUUUUGUCAGCACACACCUUCUUUUCUAGCUCGACCAAGAACGACCUUUACACCGCACUUCGGCAUCAAGAAAAAGCUCUACACCCACUUCGACGACUCUCAAUCCUAAUUUUCGAAAUUGACCUUCGAAAUUCAAAGCCGCAAAGUAGUGAAACAUCGUCCCUCCUCAAGAGAUUAUUUAUUCGUAUCAACGACUUUCCACACACUCCUUCCUGAAUUCGACCUGCUGCUCAAGCUUCUCUUUCGCCUCAGCUCAGGAGUUGUCGUGUAAGUAAGUAACCACCGCAAAAGAAAACUUCAGGCGGCUUUGCGCCAGCUACAGCUUCUUGAUGUUUUUAGGACGAGAAAACUAAGAAUCACACACACACAAUGGCGUCCUCUCUCCGCGCAGCGUUUGCAAACGCGCGCGACCGUUGGCAGAUCGAUUCCGACACGCUGAAGGGGUUUUACCUGCACACCCCGAGCAACCGGCUGUUUAUUUGGGAGCAGGCGCAGGGCGUGUUGUUUGAGUUUUCAAACGACAACUGCAUUCCGGUGUGGACCAGCGCAGAUGCGGCGGCCAAUGCUGAAGUAAGUUCUUUUACAUAUUAUAGGUUGCUGAUGUUGCAGAAGUGAAGUAGCAUAUUGGUAUCCCUAGAACUACUCCACUUGCUCAAGUCUUGUAGUUACAGCCAACUUCAGUAGACCAAGGGCGAGUUCUUGUCGUCGGAAAAAGAAGCUUCACAAGAACGCGCAGAAUGUGUUUUUACUAGCAGAAAUUCUAAUGCUAAGUAAACACGACGCGUAACAAGCGCAAGCACCGCAUAGAAAUUUUUCCUUCGUUCUAAAGAUCUGGACCAUGCUUCCCCUGCCGCCGACCGACGCGGCGGCGCAGAUGCAGCAGCGGGAGCAGGAGGACGUGUUGUCCAUGCUGGUCGAGGUCCCGCUCAACAGCUACCCAGGGCAGCAGAUGAUGGUGCACAGUCCGGAGGGCCAGGAGGUCCAGUUCGUCGUGCCCGACAACGCGAAACCGGGCGAGACGGUGACCAUCACCUACACCAAGCCGCAGGACUUUGUCAUGCUCCGGAUGCUGCACGAAGAGGACAAGCACGUGGAUGCGGGGGAGGUGCAGCAGAAACUACAGGAAUUCUCCGCGAAAUGGAGCCUGAGCGACGAAAUGCUGGCGAGAAUACGAAAGUUGUCCCUGGACGGACAAAACUACCUGUGCACCACUUUCACGCUCCUGGCCGGAGGGGAACCGGAGGCGAAGGUACUUACUAGAUGUAGAUAGUCCAUUGCGUGUGCGUCGUGGAUGUGGCAUUGGCGUGUUACAGCCUUCUUGGCGAUUCGAUAUAGAUUCUGAUAUUUGGUGACUUUGAGUUUGAUUUCCCCACUCGUCUGAACAUAAACCCAUUUCGAUUUCACCAGAUCGGGCGAUACAUCACCCACAUUGAAAAAUCGCGUCCCUGGGAGACGAUUUCGAAAAUCAAGCACCGGGAGCAUGUGGAGUUGAAAAUCGACCCCAUGGGUGCAGUCAUCGGAACCGUCCUUGCGGAGCUGGCCGGGAAACCGGGCAUCGCGCACGCGCACUGCCAGAUUAGCAGUGUGAAGGAGGAGCGAGAUGUUGACAGCAGCAGUCAGCAGCAUAAAUCCUCGUCAUCUUCUACUUCGAGGAGGAACCAUAAGAAGAAAAGAGACCCGACCGUCCUCCGCUACUACGUGCAAGACCUGCAGACCACCACCGGGACGUUUUUGGAUGGAGACGAGGUCCCGGCGUCCGCGCCAGGCAUAAAACUUUUCGACGGCCAAGUGUUGAAAAUCGGCGACAGUUCGUUCCGUGUGGAGAUCAACUACGUCGCGUUACCGGGGCAGGAGGAGGAACGGGACGAGAGGUUACAGGACCAGCAGGAAGAGUUCCGGAAGUUAACCAUGUUCAAGAACCGGCAACGGAAAAAACAGAAGGGCGCAAAUCCAAAUUCGCCGGAAGAAGGGGAUGGUACACACGACGAGAGCGGCGUGGACAGUGCCAGAAAUAACAACUUUGGCGGUCCCUCCUCCCCAGGCUCUACUUCAGAGUACAACGACACGCAUAGCACAACGACCAGGUCAGGAAACAAGAACCAAAAGCACCACGUGAAAACAGCGGGCGGAGAUAAUACAACCGAGCAGGGGGAUGAUUUGAAUCUCGACCGCGCGGCGAAACGGCGGAAGCGACAGGAGAAAACCGCAGACACACUGGAAGAUGUGCACAGAAUAAAAACGCUGAAGCGACUGGAGCAACGCGACAAGAUGUUUAUGGAGAAGGAAAACGCGACCGAGUUCAAGACCAAAGACGCGCAAGCGGAAGCGGGUUUGGCGACGGACGGCACCUUCUUCGGGUUGGAAAGCGAGACGGGCAGAGCGGGGAUCGGGUUUGGCCAGGACAACGACAUCGUGAAUACCGCGUGCCAGACGAUAGGCGUGCUGCCCGACGAAAUGAAGAACCUGAAGAAGCAGCAACGCGACAAACAGCGCCUGCGCGACGCGGGCAGAGGACCCGAGAAAGAGGAGUUCGCGAAAACAAGUCUGUCCGCCAUGUUCAAAAAAAGCAGUACGACGGGUACGGAGCAUCAAGACGGCGCGAACAAAUCUUCCUCUCCGGAGGAGGAGAAGGAGGACAAAGUCAAGUACUACGUCAAAGACGAGGAAGACAGCAAAGACGGGGAAAGCGACGACGACAUCGAAUUUGCUGGCGUCGGGCUCGGUUUCGGCGGAGCUGGGCUUGGUGCGGGGUAGACCAAAAGAUCUGAUGUUUGUUUGCGUGUUGCACCCAACGUGCGUGUAAGCACUCGUGAUGAAAUGGUUCGACAAAAGAAGCGGCCAGGCGCUCUACUACCCUCCUACAACAAACGACGACUCACAACAUGAUAUAUUGUAACGAGAUAAGUGGAACAAUGUGGUCAUCCUUUCGCUCCCCAACACGAAAUUAUCGCUUUCCACAGUUGUCUCCUUGUUUUCUCUGCCAGAGAUGAACAAGGUUACUUAAAGUGUUCGAAGCUGAAGCUGUUCUUCUCCGAUACAAAAAAA